AUGAAGAGAGUACAGCUCCAGCGAUGGAGCAGUACAGUCCUCUCACCACGGGCUAGGACAAGUACUUUGCAUCAACGCCUCUACGCAACCCGGUUACGGCACCAAUCUACUGCUUCUGCAGUGCAAGCCGAAUCAGCACCUCAGAAUGGCUUUGAGGAUUCACCGUUGGAAGACCCUGGCUUGAAGGCGCACCUCGAAAGCGUUCACAACCGAAAAACGCAACUAAAAUAUCCCUCUCCUCCGGUCCAAGCCGCAAGCACCUCCGCAAAACUCGCUGCCCUUCAUGCUCGACUCUACCUCCCCUCCCGCCUACCGCUCGAGACCCUCGCUCGCACAUUGGUAGAUGCCUCUGCUGAUUCAAAUGCUGAUUUCAAUAACGAAUCGCUGGCCACUCUUGGUCAGGACCUCCUCACCUACUACACCUCCGAACACCUUCUUUGCACUUAUCCUCGCCUUCCCUUGACCGUUGUCUUUGCCGCCAUGUACGCCUAUGUUGGCCCUAAGACCCUUGCCUCCGUGGCCCGCGAGUGGGGUGUUGAGCAUGCCUCCGCUCCUGGUGGAGAGGUCGACCCCGGGCUUCUCCAAUUCCAGAGGUUAGAGCCUGGAGCAGAUGUUGAAGAUACCGCGAAUAUCAAGUCUGCUCGGCCGUAUGCUAGUGAGCAGAAGUGGAGAAAGACCGUGACCUCAAAGAUCUUCUACGACGAUGCAUUCGGCGAGGCGACCAAGGGGUCAACAUCCGCUAGCCAAGGUGUGCCCGCUGAACAGGCUAGUGCUACCUUUGUGCGCGCCGUUUUGGGCGCCAUCUACUUGCAUGCUGGUCGUCAGGCCGCUAAGCGAUUCUACGAGCAACACAUCCUUUCCCGACGCCUCAAUAUCUCCGAACUGUUUAACUUCUCCCAGCCAGCUCGUGAUCUGGCUCGUCUGUGCGCUCGUGAGAGCUUCGAGAAGCCCGUGGCCAAGAUCAUCAGCGAGACUGGCCGUAAGAGCAGACACCCCGUCUUUGUGGUCGGCAUCUUUUCCGGCCCAGACAAGCUUGGUGAGGGCGCUGGCGCCAGUUUGAUUGAGGCUCGGGAACGUGCGGCUCUUUCCGCCCUCAAGGCCUGGUACCUCUACAGUCCCCUCAAUGUGCGUGUCCCCAGCUCCAUGGAGGAGGAGGGGGCUGCGCCCUGGACCCCGGCUUACGUUGAUCUGGGUGAGGUUAUCGUUUAA